AUGGACCAAAGACAGUUAUUUCCGUUCCUUUUAACUGACAUAUUAAAAAACUGAAAUUUGAAAAGUUUGAAACUUUGAUAUAUAUAUAAAUAUAUACAAAUACGAAAAAAUACAAAUAGAAUAUGAGUUUUUUACUGAGUUUUGUAAACUAAUUUACUUUUAAACAUGAAAAAAACCGGAAGUGUUGUCUUGGAGAAAUCAAGAACGUACCGUAGCGACAUCUAAUUUAUUUUCGGGAACUAAUGUUUUUUUUAAAUACUUCCUCAUUAAUUUGUUUAAUUUUGGUUUUAACGUUUUAGAUCUAAAACUUUGUGUAUUUGAUCCAAACUGAUCACAAAUUAAAAGCGGCUGCACGUCAGGUUACCACAAUAUGUUAAAUUCUUAAAGGUGUUCUCAGAUUUGUAAGCUUUAUCUCCGAUUCAGUUACACAAAAUUAUCAGGCAUGCAUACUGAUAUUCUUGAAAAAUACAGCUAGCAACAUUGAUAGACAUUUUUUUUUAGUUAGUCAAAAUGGCGGCUCUGGGCGAAAUUGACGUAUGUGAAAGUUGGGAGGAUAUGGACGAGAUAGGUUUAGAUAACAAGAUCAAAUUGAUGUCCAGUGAGUGCGCGCCUGUAAAAAAUCUGAAAGGUUGCAAGGUUACUGUUGAGGAUAGCGCGUGUAUAGGAUCUCAGUGCGUGAUGCCGGAGCCUGCGAUUCGUAUUCUAAAGCGUCCUUCAUCUUCUGGUAGUGGGCAGAUGAACGGUGAAAACCGAGCACGGCCUGUGAAAACGCUUGAACAAAGACAGAAAGAGUAUCAAGAGGCCCGUCUCCGGAUAUUGGGUGAGGCGCGAAGUCCUGAAGACGUUAUUGACGAUAACUUGAGCCAUUUGCAAGAUAAACUACAAGCAAACAAUCUCAAUGACAAUCAAAAUCAGAAUUGUGGUAAGAUUAAAAACUGUCACAAUGAAAACAAUACCAAAGGGAAAGAACGUAAAGUUUUGUCACGGCUACCGCCGGGUGCUACUGUAACUGGAAUUUUUCCAUCCCCUCCGCCCAGAGGUGUUUUAGUGAUACGUACCCCUAGAGGUCCAGACGGUACAAAAGGAUUUGUGAGAAGGUAGCAUUGUUAAAGUGUCACAACUAUCAUGUUUAAAUUAGUUCCAUCCAAGCGACUUUCCCACUGUAAAUAUUAAAUUCAAGUGGAUUGUUGCUACAACAUGUCUAAUGUGUUAUUAUAACUAAUACAAUUUGUAAUUUAUCUACAGUUUCGUCAUCAAAUCAUUGAUUACAAUUAGUAAUUUAUCAAUAUAACUAGCAUAAUCAAUACAUAAAUGAGUACUAUGUAUGAUUUAGAAACAUAUAAUGAAUGCAUAUGCAAUAAUAGUAUUUCAAAUUUUAAGAAACGUAACGAAUUUUAAAAUGACAAUACUAAACAUAUGCAUAUCCCAAUGCGGUAAGCGUGAUCAUGUAAUUUGAGGUGGUCAUUCCAAUAAUCACGCUGUUUAUAUUGUUAUUACUGAUUCUUUAAAAAAAUACAAAUACUAUACCACAUUGUUAUUAAAAAUGAUCACCGAGAUGAAUGUCUUAAAGUAAAUUACAAGUUGUUUAGGCAAUGCUGUAAAACUACAAGAGUGCUCACUUCAGGGAACAAUCCUCUUUGUGAUAGAUUUUACAAACUGAAAUUUCUGUCUUUGAAGAUAUUUAAGUGAUUUCUUAUGAACUGACUACUCAAAACAUGGCUCUAUGUAGCAGUCCCCUGUGCAGACUAUUUGCGGGAUGCAAUACAUUUCUCAGAAUGUAUAUUAUAGAAUUUUCCUUUUGCUAAAUAGUUUUUAUAAAACUUCUAUAAUAUAUUUAUUAAAACAGCAUUGAUUAUUAUUAUAUUUCAUCAAUUCUGCAUUCACAAUGCUAUACUGGAAAAUAUUAUUUAUGUCUUAUUAUGUCAAUGUAGGCAUUUGGACAAAAUGCAUAAUACUUGGUUGUUCUAUAGUUUGUUUUUUCUACUAAUAAAUAUAUAAGUACAUGUUUAAAAAAUAGUGUAUUGUUCAUAUUUUGUGAACUCAACAAAUUUGCAUCCAGAAGAUAUUUUGUGCAGCGGAGCAGUAGCUCAGAUGAGUCAACACGUUAAUUGUAUGUACAUGAGAUUUUUAAUAAAAUAAUUAAAGAUCAAACAUGCAAAACAAAAUUCUAUGUUAUAAUUAAAUAUUUAUGUAUGAAGUCCAUGACACUUCAGAUAAUUCUAAAACUUCACAUAUGGUUUUAGUUUGUUGAAAAUUGUAUUUAGAAAAUAGGAUUUUGACAUUAUAGUAUGAAGUGUUGCUUAAUUAUUUUGCAACAUAAAUUAUAUUAUGUACAUACAAUUGAUUUUCAUGAAAUUUUUAACGUAAACGUUUUUUAUAUCCAGUUUUUCUACAUUGUAAAGUAUAUCUUUAGGUUAAGGUACUUGCUAAUUGUAUAUUUUUAAUUAUUUUACUAUUAAGGUUUUUUAAUGUUCUUAAUUAUAUUUGCCACCACAGCUAUAAGAAUGCUUUUGUAAUUAUUUCUUUUUACAAUAAAAGACGUUAUUCUCUAAUAGUGAGGCAUAGGGUAGUCUUCUCUUAGAAAACAUGGUGUAAUAGCCAUUAAUAGACUGACAGGAAAAUCACGAAAGACACUUUAGAUGUGGUCUCUAAUUGAUAUGUUUAAAGAAAGAUAGAAAAGCAUUUGGAUUUUCUAUCUUUUUUUUUUAUCGUUCUAUGCAAAUAUAAUUAAUGAGUAUGGUAAACUGUCAUUGGAACAUUUUGUAAGUGACAGACAGUGUUGUAUGAAUGACAUUAUUAUUUCGACUACAAUGUCAAUAUAACGGCUAUGUGAAGUUUUGAUAUUAUAAUACUAGUCCUAGUUUGUUUCUUAUAUUUUCUCUGAGAAUAUCUGUUGAUAUUUUUUUUUUGUAGGUGUUUGAUGUGACAAGAUUGUGUUAUUUUUUAUAAUUUAUAAAUUAUAAAAUACUCGUGUUCGGGCAUAUGACAUCACUACAAAAUUUACAGAUUUUUAAAUCGACUUUAACUAAUUCGACAUGUAAAUGCAUUUUAACAAUGUAAUCCAGUAUUUGCUUACAUUAGUAUCUAUAGUAGAGAAAUGAUAAUUAUUUGAAUUAAUAUAAUUAUUAAGAACUGUCUGUAGCUAGAAUUGGCUAUGAUAGUUUUUACUUCACAUAAAUUCUCGUCUAUUGGUUAAAAGUAUUUGCUUAAAUUAUUACAGUGAAAUCUCGAUAACGAAUGUCAAGGGAAAUGCCAAAAAUUUUCGACAUAACAAGAAUUUCAAGAUAAAAUGAUUUCUAAAAUUUACAACAACUACUAAAUCGACAAUCGAAUGCGCAGUAGCACAAUUUUCGAUUCAGUCGAUAGUUUUUAGCAACAAUAGCCCAUCGCUACCCCGACCAUUCCUUUUGGAUUUUAUUGCCAUGAGUUCGGGGAAUAAUAUUUUGUUCGAGUUAUAUAGUCUAAAUAAUUCGAUAUACUGCGGAUUUGGG